AUGGUUAAACUCACUAUGUUUCUGGAGGCUCUUGAGUUCACUGGUUCAAAAAUUGAUACUUUACCCUUUGUUUAUGAUAGGCAGGGUAUCCUAGUUUAUCACCUUGUCUAUGUCGAUGACAUAAUAAUAACCGACAACUUAAUUACUAUGGUGGAUGCCUUCAUUUCUAAGUUGGCUGCUCGUUCUCCUCUGAAGGAUCUUGACUCUUUGCAUUAUUUCUUGGGCAUUGAGUUGCAACGUAAUCGUCGGGCUCUGUUUUUGUCGCAACACAAGUAUAUGAUUGAUCUCCUCUCGCAUCACAACAUGCUCAAUGUUAAGCAUGUGUCUAUGUCGAUGACCUCUAGCACUUGCUUCUCUGCUCUCGAUGGAAAACUGCUGGCAGAUCCUACUCCCUAUCGCCAAGCCAUCGGUGCACUCCAGUAUCUCACGCUCACUCGGCUUGAUCUCUUUUGUGUGGCGAAUAAAGUUUGUCAAUCCAUGCAUGCUCCUCAUAUUCACAUUGGGUAG